ACCUGCACACAACAGAAGAGUCAUCACAAAGCAACGACUAACAUUACUAGUCGUGGGCUACUGCAUGACAUUCAAACAAUGCUUAGACAACUUUCCUACACGAUGCAUGGUUGCGGCAUAUGACACCCUUUCUCCUAAAACUAACACUAUGCACACUUCCUCUUUGUACACAUGAACUCAGACUAUUAGUCCAGUGUCCCCUAGCUCCCACAAUCUCAUAAAGCUUGAAUGUCUAAAUUAUUGCCUAAUAUAUAUACAUACGUGCACGUACACUACAAGAGCCUUUCUUUAAGUACUGCAUAUAAUUAUAGCCACGACCUCGCAUCAUUAGUAUUCCCUAAGUACAUGUAGUAACUAAAUACAGAGGACUCCACCAAUGAAGUCGUAGUCAUGUAAGCAAUAAACAAUAUAAUUUAUACACUCUUUGCAACCAUCUUUUGGUUUGCUAUACGCUGGUCUACAGAAAAGUGGACAUGAUAAAUCUGAUAACAAUGUGAAGCUCAGAUUUAGCUGAACAUUUGUACACAUUUCUUUGCAUGCUCAUUACACACCGACUAGGCAUGGCACAAAACUCACUGUACUAAAUCUCUCACAUUUACAGAGAUGUACAUGUACGUGUACGUACAUGUAGCUUGAAAUCCAUGCUUUAAUUUAUACUCCGGUACCUUAAAUGCAUACUCUUAUAGUUUAAUUACACUCAGCACAAACAAGCAAUUGGCCUAAAGAAAACAUAUAUGCAAUGAAAUGUGAAUGAUACGUACACAUGUAAGAUGGGGAAUUGAUUACCUUCAAUAUGCUCCAAGUCUCUAAUGUGAGGAAACACAUGCAGUGUGGUCAUUCCCUGUGUGUGUGUGGGGGGGGGGGUGAUAUAUACAUAAUUAUAUCGUACUAGCAAACACAAAUCAACCAGGAAAAACUAUGCUCAUUUCUCUCGCUCUCGCGCUAAUAGUCAGCAAUUAUGUCCAUCAUUUCAGAGUAUAGCUAUGAACAUGAACUGAAAUCAUUGUCCCAAUCUAAGACUGUUUCAAAGAUAGGUAAUAAUUGUGUGUCCUUUGAAGUCCCUUUGUUGUUACGAAGUGUGAGAUUAAUGGAGAAUAAAAUUCCCAUUAAAAGAGCUAUUUUUAAUUGUCAGUUCCUAUGAGCUAUCAUUGAGUACAGUUAGGUAUGUCUGUGUCCUAUGACCAUAGUGUAAUUGUGCACACAGCAGAAUAAAGAGUAAAGAAAUAGAAGGAAAUUUGUAUUAAGCUACCCUGAGCAGUGUUAGUAGGAACAUCAUCACAAUUGGUAUCAAAGACUGAGAACAAGGCAGAAAGAUGAACAGUGCCAAGGAUCUGGUUGAUAAGCACUUUGCAAGAGCCCUGUCUGAAGUGGCAACCAAGAAGAUGAGUAGUCCUCCACAAGCUGAAGAGAAGCAACCUGGAACGUUACAAAAAAACAGAGGCAAUAAGAGAAAGCAAGAGCAGAUGAUCUCCCCCACCCACUUGCCCCGAUCUACACCAUCACAAUCACCUCAUACCCCCAUACCCAGAGCACAAGCUACAACCCACUACCCACCCCCACCACCUACGGGAGAGGGGAAAGGACUUAUUGUCUACCCUGAGUUCGUUCAGUUUUUGGUUCAUCCCCACGUAGAUUCAUUUAAGGACAUUCCACGACUACCUGGACAGUCAUUCAACCUGGCCUCAACACCCAGAGGAUGGGUGGUGGAUGACAGCAAGAAAGACCCCCAAAGCUCUACCCAGACCGUCCUCCCUGCCCCCUGGAGUAACCCCCAGGGCCUAGAACCACUACUUCUCUCCCCAACUGACGGACCAGACCUCACCAGAGAAGACCUCAAGGCUAUCUUAGACCUCAACGACAGUGUGAUCUGAGUAGACAAACUACUGAAUGACAAAGUGACACUAAUAUUUGAUCGAUCCAUAUGUUAUGUACAUGACUGUACCAAUAAGU